GGCGCACAUAGGUCCAUAGGUGUCCUGUGGGCGCGCUCGCUACGUGUGUGUAUGCGUGCUGGUGUGCGUGCUGGCGCCGGUGGUUCUGAACAUUUUGCGUAUUGAGCUGGCCUGCAAAGAGAAGCUUCGCCAGCUUUAUUUUGCAGCGUGUGAGGAAGCAAUUAGGUGUGUCCUACGAGAUGCGGUCAACGCGAUUCCGUUGCGCGUAGUUGUGUACUGCUGUGUGCGGCGGUGUGCUCAAGACUGGCAUGGUGGGAUGGGCAGCAAGUGUGCAGUGAUGCACCGGCUGCUUCAAGUGCGAAGCAUUCAUGCAAUUGAAAUGCGGAUAAACAUUGCAACGAGAGUUGCCUAAGUAUGGCUCCCUUUGUAGUCAAGACGAUGGGAAUGGGACCUCCUCAUAGACCUGUGACCUCCUGAGGGUCCCCCUUGGAAGAUUAUGAGGUUGUGGUGCUGUCUGGUGGUGAUAGUGGCAAUCAGCGGUGUGUCCGUGCUGGUGCUGCUACCACUGGUCGAGUCACCUGGGCACCACCCACGGCUACGGUCACGCCAGGGCAGUGCCUCCCGACUCCACUUUCGCGUUGGUACUCGAAGUACAACCAGGGCAGGCGAUGUCGGAGCUGCUGCAGUCCCCGAUGCCUCACGACUAGGGGCAAUCUACAAUGCAGAGGAUCAGCGGAUCAAGGUGGAGGGCUACCACCAGCACGCCUUCAACAUGCUCAUCAGCAACCGACUGGGAAAGGUGCGCACCCUGCCAGAUACACGCAACCCCCUCUGCCGUCAGCAGGUGUUUGAUGAGCAGUCACUGCCGACAGCCAGCGUGGUGGUGUGCUUCUACAACGAGGCCUGGUCGGCACUGGUGCGCACCGUGCACACUGUCCUCGAGCGCACCCCAGCCGCUCUCCUUUAUGAGCUAAUCCUCGUUGAUGACAACAGCACCUUGCCGGAGCUGGGGCUGCAGCUGGCUCGCUACGUUUCUUCCGAGCUGCCAUACAAUGUGCGCCUCAUACGCACGCCAGCACGAGAGGGACUCAUCCGUGCCCGCAUGUACGGUGCACGAAAUGCUUCAGGACAGGUGCUGGUGUUCCUGGACAGCCACUGUGAAGUCAAUGUGGGCUGGCUAGAGCCCAUGCUGGCACGCAUUGGUGCCAACCGCACCACGGUCACUUGCCCCGUCAUCGACAUCAUCAAUGCGGACACCUUCGAGUACAGCGCAUCGCCCAUUGUGCGCGGCGGCUUCAACUGGGGACUCCACUUCAAGUGGGAAUCUCCACCCAGGCUGCGGGGGCCGCGGCAAGCCAUUGACCCCAUACCUUCACCGACCAUGGCCGGCGGCCUGUUUGCCAUGGACCGGCGGUACUUCCACGAGCUGGGCGACUACGAUGACGGCAUGGACAUCUGGGGGGGUGAGAACCUGGAGAUCUCCUUCCGGAUCUGGAUGUGCGGAGGGCGGCUGGAAAUCCUGCCCUGCUCACGGGUGGGGCACGUGUUCCGGCGCAGGCGCCCCUAUGGAUCCCCAAGUGGCGAGGAUACGCUGACUAAGAACUCGCUUCGCGUGGCGCACGUCUGGAUGGACGAGUACAAGACGUACUACCUGCAGACACGGAGGGAUGCCCGCAACCAGUGGUACGGGGACGUGUCGGCACGAAAGGAGCUGCGUAAACGGCUCAAGUGCCACUCCUUUGACUGGUACAUGCACAACGUCUACCCGGAGCUGAGGCCACCCAGCCCCGAAGACCUGGCACCCCGCAAGAAGCGCAAGAAGUUCCCUCCACCCAGGAACCUUGACCUGCUGCGCCGGAAGACGCCCACCGUUGUUGGCCGCUUUCAGCUGCAGCUGUCGGGUACUCAUCUGUGCGUAGAGUCGGAGGAUGACGUCACCACCAAGGGCACUGUGUUCUUGCUGCAGGAGUGCGCCAAGGUUAAGCGCCAGCUGUGGUACGAGACAGCACUGCACGACCUGCGCUUGGCGCAGCGGCUGUGCCUGGAUGGGGGCGAUGAGUACCCACGACUUGCCAAGUGCCACGAGAUGGGCGGCUCCCAAGACUGGCGCCAUUCCAGCAAUAAAAGCACUGCCCUGUACAACCUGGCGGCUGGCCUCUGCCUGGGCGCCAAGAAGGCCAGCGCUGGACAGCAUGUCACGCUCGAGAUGUGCAAUGACUCAAAGGUGGUGCACCACUGGGACUUCCGCCUGGUGGGUGCGCACUGACGCACCGAGUCUUAGCAGUCACCAUGCAGAAUCUCUGUCAGAGUACGUGAGCGAUCCCGUGACAAAACAUACCGGUGCGCUGCAUGUGAUCAUGUGGACAUUCUUUGUGAUGACACCCUUCUUCGCCUUUGUGAGGCGUUAUGAGAGACUUUGCACGGAAUAUGUUUGUUUAAUGCGUGUUCAAACCAUGUCUGAAUCUCAGCUGCCACGCACAGUAGCGUGUGCAGUUUUCUGAGCGGUUGGUGUUCUCUGCGGCCUCUGUGUAUUUGGGUGACUCAUAAGUGUAGAAAGUUGGGAGAAUUCUGCAUUUGAGGCAAACUCAAUCGUACUUGCUUUUUGACUGGUACUAAAGAGACACUUAAGUAGAAUAUUGGAUCAGCUUUAUAUCGGUGCAGCAUUCUUCCAAAUUUUGCCAGAGAUGUUGAUUUUUCUAAAUGGGAAAAAAUCGUGGCCGAAAUAUUUAUUUCUGCAUUUAGAGCCCAGACUGCAGUCACUGUAGAGUUAUGGACGUAAGAUUUCUUAUUUUAUAUGGGACCAUUCUGUGCAGGAAAAUGAGAUGAAGAUGGCCAAUUUGAGCCUUUACUUACCUUCGAGUGCAAUCUAUUCUCUUGAUUGAUUAAAAUGAACUAGCCAUGAAUAGGCCAUCAAAACCUAUGGUGUCGUGGGAAGGUGGCUCAAAGAUUUCAAAGCUGUGUCACCAAUUGUCUUUUGUUUAUUUAUUAAUCUUUUUCACUGGCCUUUCAAGCCUUCACUGAUGAUAAGAGUGACCUAUUUGCUAUUGCUACAUGUUAAUCUGGCAAUGUAGAUUAUCUUAAUAUUUCGCUCCAGUGUGUCUUAAUGUGUGGUUGUGCAUAGAUAUUAACACCUUUACUUUUUUUCAGUAACUGUGAUAAACAUCAUGCAAGAUUAAAUGACACUUUUAUUUAGAAUUUGGCGAGAGGCAGAGUCAGAACAUAAAAAAUGCAAAAACCCACUGCAAGCACCCAUAAGGGAACACUUAUGUUGGUAUGGUGAAUGUAUGUAGUCGGUGAUGGCGUGUCUUUAUACCUGAACCUGCAUUAUUGAAGUGGCUGCCGCCACAAUGUCAACCUUCCUGUGCCCAUUUCUGACUACCCUUUUAAAUGUAAGGACAAUUAAUUGAUGUGUCUGUGGGCUGCAUAGAGCUGUACAUUCUUGAUGACAAAGGAUAUUCGCCUCGCUACUUAUGGAUGUGCAAAGACAAUGUGACGUCUCAUGCACUCAGCUAGCUUGGAAGGCGCUUGAUCUUUUUUUUUUCGCAAGCAAUAUAAAUAGCCGAAUGCAAGCCCUCUUGUCUCGUGAAAUCAAUGCCAUGUUGGAGCCUUGCCUAGCGUCACUCCAUAUGGACGUGAGCUGAGCUUUGCCCUUUACAGGCAGGGAGCUCUGCAGGGGUUUUCAUUGUGAGCAGCCAAGUGUGCCUGUGGCCUACUACAGUUGUAGCAACUGCCAGACCUGCUGUUAUGAUUAGGAGCCCUGACAGCUGUGCCAGGUUGCGGUCUUUAAUCAUGCGACUUUUGUAAAUGUGCUUUGUACUGUUGAUCCGUCGCAGAAUCUGUUGACCUACCGUACAUGCCAUCAGUCAGUGACAAAAUGAAACUGCUUUGGUGUGUUGUAGCCUAUGAAGUGCUUUAGAGUGCUGAAAAUGGCAAAUCUGGCUGGUGGGAAAUGCCAAACAUUAUGCCUUAAGGCACAUCUCCAUUGCGAUUACAAAAGAAAAGGGAAAAAAAAAGAAAAUGCUGUUUAUUUAGUAUUUGGUUUUGCUUAGAGUGGGCUCAUAGAUCUGUUUUUCUUCUUCUUGUUACUGUGCCGAUUUAGUCUUGUCAUCCAUAGGGAUGCAAGAAUCGGCAGACCUCCAUGCUUUCUGCCAAUCACCAUGUCUGGAGAUGAGGGCUAUGGAUUAUUUUGCAACUGGCAUGACUGAAGAGCUGUGGCACUAUGUACACCAGCCACUGCAUGUCAGAUGCUGCCUUGCCACGUCUGGGGUGUUUAUAGUGGUUGGCUGUGGAUAAAUUGGCUCUUCACCUUGCUUGUGGAGUACUUGAAGUGAAUCUCAUGCUCUUCUCUUAAGAAUCUCCUAAAUGUUGCACGCAACUUUAGGUGCGUGUGUCUGUUGCAAACGCGAGAUACUAACGCACCAUAGGAUAAAGCCAUAAAUUUGAUGGGGCGUGCGGAGAAAGCCGGGCACAUGCUUGUGCUGGUGAUAACAAGUUUCGUGUAUACUGCUACCUAUUGGAGAUGAUGAUGACUAAGUCUAGCUGUAAUUACACCCACCGUUUGAUGUUAUAGCAUGAACAAAAGUUCACCCAGAAAACACUCGCAUUUAAGUCUCGAAUGCAGUGCCAUGAAUGAAAAAGUUAUUCUCCAGUUAAGCGUUUGAUCUGUCAGAUAUGAAGGAAAUAAAGGAGCUUACUAAAAUGUGUGGCUCUCCUCUAAGCUUAGAAGGUUUACUAGGGGCAUCUGCCCGAGAGUGGCAAUUACUACUUGAGGCUAAUCAUGCAAAUUACACUCUCCACUUCUUAUUGCUCCUUUGCUGCCUAUAACUGAGACUGUAGUAUAGUUUGACAUUGUUAGUGGUACUGUGGGUUUGUUGUAUGUGACAUCGUGUACGAACUCUUUUUUUUGUUGCAUGUCUGUACAACUGGUUUUUUAGGCAGGCCAUGUGCUUACGUAUCUGUCGUCUGGCAUUUUUCUAUUUUAACUGUGCAAUCUCCAGACUACGGGUGUGGGGCUGGGAGAAUACAGGGGCUUCCUUUAUUUGGUACCUACUCAGGGUUCUGCAGGUUACUGGUCACCUGUACUUCCCGAAACUAUUGUAGCGGCGAUAAGAAACAUUGCAUUGUAGUGGGAAAACCCGCUUGUCGUGGCUGAAAUGUUAGAGUGCACUGCUGUCGGAGUUGCACUGUAGGAAUCACAAGAGGUGCCAAAAAUAAUUUCAUCACAUAUUUUGGUGCCUUGGCAUUAAAAGUUAUAAUAUUGGUAUGCCAGCAAAUGAUGCCCAGGAACAGAGUGCUUUGUUUGAAAAUAAUUUUGCUUGUAAAUAUGAUGCUUCUAUUGUUUUGAAAGGGUGAAUUCAUGGAAACAGUAGACCCUCGUUGAUACAAUCUGGUUACGUACAGUUUCUCAACGCCAAUGUUCACGAUCGAGAACAAAAAAAAUUACCCAACACAGUGGCGCCUCCUUUUUUUCUGCUUAAAUGCGUUCCUGCGAAAAUAUGUUCUUUCAGCACCAAACUGCAAUUGUAUAUGUUUUACAGUUGCUAGAUCCCAUGUAAACAAGAAAAAGUGCCAGGCAAGGUAUUGAGAAUGGUAGCAGCCUGCCACAGCAGCUUUCUCACAAUACUUGUCCGCCUGUCUCACGUGAAUAUGCCAGCGGGCACUGAGUUUCCUAUUAUGGCAGCAGCAAAUCUCCUCCUGGCCUGCCACCUAGGAGGAGCGAUGUCUACUCGGGUGACGCAAAUCUCGCACCAUAGCUACACUACAAAGGAAGUCCGUGAGGCUUUCGGCCCUGCUAGUGUUGCUAUCGUCAUCAGCCCGAUUGCAAUAAGCAUUUUAACCUAUCUGUGUCACAGUGCGUUGGGCAUAGUGUUGUUGGAAGUUGACUACCCGCUUUUAAUAGGGGAUAAACCUAAUACGCGCUGUCAUUACCUGCUGCAAUGCAAAGUGAGCAUCAUGUUUCAUUCUGGUGGCAUCGUAGGCAUCAUAGUAUUCCGAUGUCUCCCACCAGCUCGAUUUCGUUUCGGUUUCCCGUUGAUUUAGGAAAACGAGAAUGUGCAUCUCGCAUCACUUGGGCCCCAUCAGCUCGACGCGCAUCGGCAUCUUGUGUCACAACAAUUCACGCCAAGUGGGCACAUCAAAACUUCCCAGGCCGAAUUUGAAGAUCGCAAGCAUGAACUCGCCAAAGCCUCAAGAAAAGCAAUGCCCAUCUUGAAUUGCUCAGGCCCCACCGGUUUGCCAUGCGUUGGCAUUUCCUGUUGCAAUGCUUCGCAGCACGUUGAUGUAAACCACACUUGAGCCUGUCACAUUGUUUAGUGAUUUUGGAUCUUAUUGCUCAUCAUAGUGCAUUCUUUCUUGCAUUAUUCUCCAAAACGUAUGAACGAGGUUCUGCUGUAGUCACACACUCAUAUAGAACUGCCUUUUCUUUCUCUGUGUAUUACACUCAACCAGGCUUUGAGUGGUCUUUUACCUUGAUUUUACCAUCUGCUUAGGUACCUACCACUCAUGGCAGGUCACACUGUUGUUGCCGUGUUGUGGGUCACUUAAGGGCCUUUUAUAGUCCGACGUAACGCCCGCACGCACGCACGCACACUACGUCACGUCGGCGAAAACAACCCCUCUAUAGUCGGGCGCACCGGCACAGCCAACGUAACCGACGGCUUCUGACACUCCCCAACGGGCCCAACGCCGAUAUGGCUCCUGAGCCAUUCGCGCGUCGGAGUCGGCGGAAUUCUCACACCGCAAUGCAUUGCGCGCGAAGAAAAAGGUGCCAACACAACUCUGCAGACGGCUUUUGCGGACGGCGCGACUUGGCGAAUGUUCUGCGCAUGCUCUGAAGAUAGCAGCCGACAGCGUGCGCGUUGAAGGAUAGAGGGGAUGGCAUCUCGGCUGGCGCAGCGCAACCGACGUAGCGUGACUGACCGUGAACGCCGCUCGCCCGCUCGCCCAUACCGUUGGACUAUAAACGUGCCUUUAUUCUGGGUCACUGAGCAGAGCCACUGCGCGUAACAAUGAUAAAUAGGUUGCACAUCAAUACAGCUUCGAAUCACAGGUAAUGGAUAGCCUGUACCAAUCAUUUACCUACUAUCUGUGGUUUGAGCUUAUCUGAGAAAAAGAGCUUGCAGUCCAGGACUUGAGGCUUAUCAAAGCAGCCAGAAAUGGCAGGGGAAAUGCAGGGUCUCAUAAAGGGGAAAAGGUGUAUUUCUGUAGUGAAAUAUUUCAUGUGCAAGGACCAUUUGGCCAGAGUGUUAUGCUCGUCACUGCUUCGAAGGACAACAUCGCCACUGCCUUGUCCAUGCUUGUUUGCAGUGCCCCUCGUCGAAACUUUUUCAUUUGACUCUACAGAUCACGAUCCCUUAAGAAAUGGGAGUAAUUCUGUUCUCGGGCCAUUUUCCCAAUGCAGAAUAGGAAUAGAAAAAGUAAGAACCUAGAUGGCACAAAAGCCAGGAGGAGGUUAGCACAUUCACGGAAUUUACCAUUACGUACUUCCAUCAUCUUCGUUUCUUGCCACAGAUUCCUUCCCCUUGUAGCGGGGAAAUAAUCUGCUUUUGCGCAAGCCGUAUCACUUUUCAAGUGCAUGUUUGACACCGUGCUAACACAUCAGGCCACGGCUGUUCAGGGUGACAGCAGACACUGAAGGGGUUACUAACACAGUGGUUGGGGUGCUCACUGGCAGAGGAGACUUCUACAUCACCCUGGGUUCAUUCAUCUAGCACUGUGGUUACUUUGUAAAGCUGGCUUUCCAUCUUGCACUGUACGUCUUUAAAUAGGUGUUCUUCGUACUGCGUGGAGCAAAUUGCUCGUGCAAUUAAUACAAAGCUACGACAGUUGGGGUGCAGUGAGUUAUGGUGUGGCAUGCUUACAGUAGUACAGCACCUCAGGAAGUGACAGGCAGUUGCAAGCAAAGGUGUAGAGGCCACAGGUGCUGUGAAGGAAAGAAAGAAAAAAACUUUGCGUCAUGGCUCCUUGAUUUGUGGCACAUCAAAUCGAGUGGCACAACAUACGUGUGCAUGUUCCAUCAGUGAGGUGUAUGUCUGAAUUUCAGGCUGCAGAGCUACACCAAAAGAAAACCUUAAUUUUUGGCCACCACUGUUGCCUCCAAUGUUUCACCCACUACGGUACAAGCAUAUCCUGCUUUUAAGACGGCUUUGCUACUUUUUGACACUCUGCUAAGUCACUCCAAGAGCAGAAGUUUUCCUAGGCUUCUGCUGUUAAUGAUUGUAUUGCGCUUGGUAUUACACAGAAGGAAUAACUAAAGAAUUAACAUAACUUUAUGGUACAAGCAUUGUCAUGUGGACAAAGCAUGAAACUGCCACAAAGGUCCCUGAUCAAAACAUUGCUCUAAAACUGGAUGUGUAUCAAUCGAGGUAAUUUUACCCCACAUGGAAAGACAGUAGCGGUAGCAGUGCCCUUUCUGCCGCACGUGCUACCUGACAGGUGCUUGGAGAACUGCAUGCCAUUUUUUUCUAUGCACAGCAUUCAUAUUUAUUCGAAUGUAGGCACCGCCUUUAAGUGUCAUGUGCAUGGUAACAGUGAAUAUUAAUUACAUAAUCGCAGAAUGGUUAUGGAGCCUCUUUGCUCCAUGUGUGUACCCUUACUCCAACUGCCCCAUCUGUUUGAUACAAGGUAAAAUUGAAAUCACUGCUUUGCUGUGCCGUAUCUCAAAAUGACUGCUUUGCUGUGCCGUAUCUCUUGAAGACAUGAUUUAUUACCUUAGCAUUACCAGGUUCACUUCCCAGCAGCGGUGACUGCUUUUGAACAGGGGAAGAGUGGGAAAAUUCUCUUGCAUCUAGCUUAAGUUGUACGUUUGAGCACUCCAUUUAUUCAAAAUUUUAUGGAGCCCUCCACUACAGUGUUCCUUGCUGUUUCUGCAUCGCCUUGAAAUGUUAACUGGCAUCUAAACAAUUAGUCAGCUGCUUUAGCUUGAUAAUGUGGCACUAGGAUCGUUUCCUUGCUGGUGAAAGAACGCAGUGGAAGGAAGUGCAGAGUGUCUUCUGUCAGUCAAUUGCAGUUCUUUGUGGCAUCAGAUUUAAUCCACCGAGAGCCUUUGUAUUCACAGAAAAUUCAAUAAGAAAGUAAAGUUUGUUAGAAGCU